GGAAUUCGCAAAAAGGACAAAUUUGCUGGCUUAUACUUUUGAACACAGCGUUUAAGAACGUGAUUGAAUAAAUAGAAUCGUAUUAGAGGAUUUCCAAGAUGGCUGAAGUUCAAAGAACAAUCAGAAUCGUGACGAAUCAAAAUAUAGUGGAGGGUGCUCCAGUUCCAGCUGAAGGCUUUCCUUUACGUGCUUGGUCAAUUGAAAUAUUUCUUUUAAAUUCAGAAGGUAAACCUAUUCCUGCAACUAUAUUUGAAAAAGUUACAUAUCAUUUACAUCCAACUUUUGCCAAUCCAACUCGUGUUUUGAAGAAAGCUCCUUUCAAAAUUUCCGAGGAAGGUUGGGGUGAAUUUGAACUGGGUUUAACAUUAACAUUUAUUGAAAAAAGUGGUGAAAGAAAAUUAGCUCAUGAUUUGAAUUUCCAACAGAAUAGAUAUGAAGUUGAUCAUGUUCUAAAUGUUCCAAUUAACAAGAGUGCAAAUCUAAGAAAUUUAUUAGCUGAAAGUGGUUCAGUACCAGAUGUUGAUGAAAAUAUUGGUGAUAAACGUAAACAAAAUAAUGCUAAUGAUUCUAAAAAUAAAAGAUCAAAAUUAGCUUCAAGCUCAAUGACAAACCCUAUUAAAGGUAGUGUGGAUUUGGAAAAAUUAGCUGAAGGUUUAACAAAAUUAAAUGAAGAUGAUUUAUUAGGAGUUGUUCAAAUGGUUACUGAUAAUCGUACACCUGAUAUGAAUAUUAAAAAUGAUGUUGAAGAAGGUGAGUUUACGAUGGACUUAUACACUUUACCUGAUAGCUUGUUGAAAAGUCUUUGGGAAUAUGUUAAAAAACGUACUGAAUGAUUAUGAUUGUUGGGUUAUUUUUGUUGAAAAAGAAUGAAC